UCCUGCUCAGUGCUAGACAUGGCGGCGGAUCCAAACCCCGACUGGGUGUCUUGCUUACCUUCUUUUUGGAGUUACGGGGUGAUUCAAGACGGACGAGUGUUCUUUAUAAAUGAAGAAGCGAAGAGUACGACUUGGCUGCAUCCAGUCACUGGAGAAGCGGUCAAUACAGGACAUAGGAAGACUUCAGAUUUACCAACCGGAUGGGAAGAAGGAUAUACAUUUGAGGGAGCACGGUGCUUCAUCGAUCACAAUGAGAGAAAAGUAACAUGUAAACAUCCGGUCACUGGUGUGCCAUCACAAGAUAACUGCAUCUUUGUUGUCAACGAACAGCCAGCACCCAAAGCUCCAGCCACUGAAAAGAAGGAGCGGCCGACAAGCAUCAUGAGUGAGGCAUCCAACUACACAGGGGGCUCAGACUACACAACACACCAAAGCAGUCCUACAGUCAGACAAUCAAGGUCUCUGAAAAAAGUCCACAAUUUUGGAAAGCGAUCCAACUCUAUAAGGAGAAAUCCAAAUGCUCUUGUGGUGAAGCGCAACUGGAUGUACAAACAGGACAGUGCAGGGAUGAAGAUGUGGAAGAAGAGGUGGUUUGUGCUCUCUGACAUGUGUCUCUUCUACUACAAAGAUGAAAAGGAAGAAGGAAUCCUUGGAAGCAUCCUUUUACCCAGUUUUCAUGUCUCAAUGUUGUCUGUGGAUGAUCACAUUAGCAAGAAAUAUGCCUUCAAGGCCACACACCCAAACAUGAGGUCAUACUACUUUAGCACAGAUACGGCUAAAGAGAUGGAGUCUUGGAUGAAAGUGAUGACAGAUGCUGCACUGGUUCAGACUGAGCCAAUCAAAAGAAUGGAGAAGAUCAAGGUAGACCCACACAGUUCUUUGGAGAUAAACAACAUGAAUCACUGGGGUCUGACUCAGCCUGAGAUCCGAAACAAUGAGAGGAAUCGAGAGAACCUUCACAUUGAGGACAAGAAGCAAAAGCAGUUAGAGAAACAGCCCAAGAUCCAUAGAGAGAAAGAAAGAAAUGCAAUUCAGGAUGACCCACUACAAAAAGAAGGCAGAAAGUAUGCUUAUGAGAACGAUGGACAAAACUAUGCUCCUCAGAAGGAUGGAGAUAAAUACAUGCCUCAGAAAGAACUGGAAAAGUUUUGUGUAAAAAACAAUACAAAUAAUUACACUUCACAGAAAAAUCAUGAACAGUUUAACCUCUCAAACAACGAAGAUCAAUAUUUGCAGCACGAUGAGCAAAGAUACACUCUUAAGAAAAAUGCCGCCCUGCACAAAGAGCUGGAAAGCAAGAUACAGGCUUUGCAGAAAGACUGUGAAAAAUAUCUGCAAAAAGAUGAAAGACGAUCGACGCAGGAUGUUAUGCUGAAAGAAACGGAGAAGCCAAGGCUUCAUCGAGAAGGAGACAAGUAUGGCUUUCAGAAGGAUGGGAGCAUGGCGCCUUCACUCACCAAAAGCAACAGCAUCAAGCUGCAGCCUGUACACACAGCUGCCAUUGCUGCCACUGUUUCGUCUUCCUGGCAGCAGCAGCAACAGAGCAGAGCUGGCUCAGCUCAUUAUAAAGCACCUGAAGUGAAUGGCUCCGGAGAGGAGCGGAGUCCAGAGGAAAUGGAUAAUGCUGAUCAACAGAGGGCAUCACUUCAGAGUCAGGAGCCUGCAGAUCCUCAGAAGGGCCUAAGUAGGACCAAUUCUAUGCAGCAGCUUGAGCAGUGGGUUAGGACACACCGCACACGGGUCCAGGAUGAGGAUACUAGGAGCAUUACCUUUUAUCAGACACUGCCCAGAAACAUGCCUAGCCAUCGGACGCAAGUGGUGCCAAAGUAUCCCGAGGGCUACAGGACGCUUCCACGUAACAUGCUGCGGCCAGACAGCAUCUCUAGCGUUGCAGGUUCAGUGUAUGACUGUGCACUGCCGCCCACGGCAGCCGCAAAGAGGCGCUCUAUGCGAGACGACACAUUGUGGCAACUGUACGAGUGGCAACAGAGGCAGGCCUACAGCCGCAUGGGCUACAGCACACUGCCCAGCCCCUCGACCAUGAGCCAAAUAGCUGAGUCCAUUCCCUCGUCACCCUCUCACGGAUCACUGGCCAUGUACCAUCCUGUCUCCCCCAACCAGCCCUACAACCCCAGCACCUGCUCGGAAGUUUCCUCACCUGUGUUCCGUGGAGAUGUUAGCCUUGACCGACGCCACAGGGCACGUCUUACAAAGUAUGCAUAUCCACCUGAAUGCCGGGCCUCAACAGCCCAGAGCAUCACUCCACAGUCCCUUCAGGAUAAAACGCCAGAGGAGCUGACCCUACUGCUAAUCAAGCUGCGGCGGCAACAGGCCGAGCUCAACAGCGUCAGAGAGCAGACUCUUGCUCAGCUAAUGCAGCUUAACCUUGAUGCCAGCAAUCCAAAGAAUAAGAUCCUCUCUCAUCAUCGCCAGAGGAAUCUCAUGUGUUUGGACAGACAGAUUGGUCUUGAUGGAUACCGGGAGAACAUGUAUGGUUACAGAACUGAGGAACUCGACAUUGAUACUAAACUUAGCAGGUUGUGUGAACAAGGCAAGGUUGUACAGGCACAAGAAGAAAAGCUACAGCAGCUUCAUAGAGAGAAGCACACUCUGGAAACCGCCCUUCUGUCAGCAAGUCAAGAGAUUGAGAUUAGUGCUAAUAAUCCAGCAGCUGUGCAGAGCCUCAUCCAGCAGAGAGACGUACUGCAGAGCGGCCUCCUCAGCACCUGUAGAGAAGUGUCUCGAGUCAACACUGAGCUGGAUCGAAGCUGGAAGGAGUAUGAUAAGCUAGAGGCUGAUGUCAUUUCAGCAAAGAAGAACCUGCUGGAACAGUUGGAGGCACUUGGCAGUCCGCAGACAGAGCCCCCCAGUCAGCAGCAUGUACAGAUUCAGAAGGAGUUGUGGAGAAUUCAGGAUGUCAUGGACGCACUGUACAAGAAUAAGCCAAAGAGAAGCACUGAUACAAAUUCUUCACUCUCCAGUCUUCAAAAGAGUGAGGCGUCAGGCUUAUUGCCCCCACGCCCUCCACUUCCACAUGUGUAUGAGGGCAGAGAGCACCUGUGCCUGCCCCCCAAGCCUUAUCCCAGCUCUGCCCAAUUUCAUCCACCUCGCACAACCUCUCACCAGCCAGAGGAACGCAAAGGUGUCCAGCGCAAUGGCAGCCAUAGCGGCCCAGACUACAGGCUGUACAAAAGUGAACCAGAACUGACUACUGUCACUGAGGUAGAUGAGAGCAAUGGAGAGGACAAAUCUGAACAAGCUACUGAGAAAGAGCCCUCUGGUUCUAACGGUGUGUCCUAUCCUGUGAGAGUAGCAAGCCCCAGGACAAAGUCGCCCAUGCCAGUGUCCUCCACUAUCGCCUCAUAUGUGACUUUGAGGAAGAGCAAGAAGCCUGAACCCAAAACAGACCGUCCACACAGUGUAGUGGAUCAGAUUAGCAGUGGUGUAGAGGGAACUCGCCAGCGCAUGAGUGUUGAGGAGCAGAUGGAGCGGAUUCGGAGGCAUCAGCAGGGCACUCUGCGUGAACGGGAGAGGAGGAGGGAGGAUGGCUCACUUUCUCGCAGUCUUUCCUUCACUAAAGACAGACCUUUCUACUACACCUUACAGACUGGCACAAAAAGGAGGGAGAUGACAGCCAGAGAACCUGACCACCUGAGAGCAUCAAUUACUUCUAAAGAGACCUGCAAAACAAAUGGGGAUAAAUGUUUGUCCACCUCUGAGCCUGGUGAAAAGGUUUGUGAAGCCAGCAGAAGCCCAGAGCAGCAGAGACCGAAAGAACCUUCAGCAGACCAUCAUAAAACCCUGCUCACCGAGGACAGCCUGCAGACAGCAAUGUUGGUGCGAGUGGGCACAGAGGAAAAUGACGAGGAGGAAAAUCUCUCCGAACGGAGUCAAGAUCGGGUCAUUAAGGACUCCCAUAAUAUUACAACUUCCAGAGUCAGCACAAUGGUUUCAGUGAACAACAUUUCCAGCUCGCCUCAAUCUCCAAGCUCUUCAUCUCUUCCUUCUUCCCCACCGCAGCUUCCUGAUGGUUCUCACUUCAUGUGUGUGUAGUGGCGAAACAUUACACUCAGCCGCUGAUAUCACUGAACACUACCAUGUAAAGAAGGUUCCAACAGACAGCCAAAAUACAGCCUUGCAUUGCAAAGAGAGGCUGCACCAACAGCCAAGUUGCUGAGCCAGAGACAUUAUUCUAUCUGCCAACUGCCACUGAAGAAUCCAGAUUAUAUUAUAAUUAUUAAUAUUAUUGUUUUAUAUUGUUCUUAACUCCAGGUUUAAUUGUGUUUAUAAAGCUUAAACUCGGUUUAUUUAAUUGUUUAAGUAGGCGUUUGUAUAAAGAGAGGAGAAGAAAUGAGCAUCAGCUAGGUACUCUCACAUGUACACACAUUCAUGCUACUUCCAUGCUGCUUGUUUCAUUAUUAAAUUUUUCUUUUACAGUUUUACCAGUGUAAUUAACACUCCAAUUUUAGCACUCUUAUCUUUUGCACUGCAUAACAUCCCAUUGAUUUUUACAGUUAUACUGUGUUGACUACAAAUUAUCUAUGUAUAGAACACAUACAGUGACAGUUUAUUUCAAUAAAGUGCUGCUGUACUGCUGCAUACUAGAAUAUUAUUUUAAUUCUAAAAGCUAGAUAGUCUGUUAAUCCUCCAGCACUGUUUCUCAACAGAAUAUUCAUGAACAUUCGUUUUAUAUUUCUAUGGCUGAAAUAUAUUUAACUGAAGUAUUAAAAGAGUAUUUAAAAUGUUUUAUUGUGGUCUCCUUCCAUUUCAGGGUCCAAACUUAGAGGAGUAUAGCACAUGUAUAAGUUAAAAGCAAUAACUAGGGGUUUGGUGUUCAAAUGUAGAAGAUGUAAAGAUCACAUUGUAUAUAAGGUAGACCAUACAAUUAGCAAAACAUAAACCUAUCAAAGGUUACCAGAGGAGUCAAUAUGCAAACCUCUCAUCUGUUUUAUACCAUGUGAAAUAAAUGUUGAUGUUAUAAA